AUGACAAGUGACGUAGCAAAGGUUAUUCCUAAAAGGUUUACAUCAAGGUUUAGCGUCUCUAAGACAGGGAAGAGAAGUAACAGUAAUGUAAAAAAUGAGACUAUAAAUAUGAGACGACAAAAAAAGGUAAAGUCGAUGCAGGUGGUUUUUUUCACAGAGCUUCCGUCUUUGCCAAUUCCAUCACUAGACCUUCAAGAGAUUUUAGUCAGGUUCAAACAAGCGACAGGGAACUUCUCCGGAGAUACGUUCUGGGAGUCUCAGAUAUUUGAUAUAAAGAUACCGGUAAGGAAGAAUAGGACUAAAUGUAAAAAAGCGAGGUGUCUAAAUGGUUUUAUGGCAUUCAGAUCUUUUUAUAGUAGAUCCAUUUCUAAUGUUGAGCACCAAAGGGAGCUUUCAUCAUUACUCGGAAAGUUAUGGAAAAAUGAGCCUAACAAGGCAAUAUGGAAUAGAUAUGCUAUAGAAUAUAAUUCACAGGCCAUCAACCAAGAUUUUGUGGAUUGGCUUUUCAAGGCCUUGGGUUUAGAGUUAAAAGCGUUUUCAUUUCCAUGUACUAGCACAGUUAAAAAUGAGAGUUGGACGUUUUCUUCUAGAAAUAAUGAAAAUGCAGUUGAGGAUAUCUAUUAUGUCGGUACUGUGUGA